AUGAUAUUCAAUAAGAUCAUUGACAUAAUUUUUGAGUUGUUGCAAUGCAUCGGCUAUCCAAGAGGAUCAUGGAUGGAAAACAUGAGGAAGCAGCCCCAUUCUUCUGCACCUCCCACUGUUCCUCAUUCCUCUCCUCUCUCAAAGUCAUCGGCAUCUUCCCCUUUCCUCCACUCUCCAGAUUGUCUUAUGGAGGGAGGACGAUUAGAGGAAUAUAGAGGAGCUCUCGUCUAUUACAUCGGCAUGGUCUUCCAGGAAUUAAAAAUGAUCAGAUUAUUUGGGAACAAACAAAAGAAGGAAGAGAAACAAAGGAAAAAGGAACUCAAAAAGCAAAAGCAUAAGGGGAAAGGCAGUGCUGCUACAAAUGGCAGUAAAGAACAAGAAGGUUGGGAGAUGCAGGGAUAUCCAGAAUAUUAUGGUCCAGGAUAUUAUGGACAAGACAUAAACUCACGAACGCCUAUGCCUCAAAUGUGGCAUGGCGAUCCACGAUACGGCAUACCUCCACAAUUUGGACCUGGUGGUCAAAUAUACCCUGGUCCUCCAGGAAUGGGACCUAAUAACGAAAGGUACCCUGGUCCUCCAGGAAUGGGACCUGAUGGCCAAAGGUACCCAGGUCCUCCAGAAAUGGGACCUAAUGAUGAAAGGUACCCUGGUCCUCCAGGAAUGGGGCCUAAAGGCCAAAGAAGGGCUGGUCGUCCACAACAGAGACCCUAUGGCCAAAGAAGGCCUGGUCAUCCACGACAGAGACCCUAUGGCCAAAGAAGGCCUGGUCAUCCAAGACAGAGACCCUAUGGCCAAAGAAGGCCUGGUCAUCCACGACAGAGACCCUAUGGCCAAAGAAGGCCUGGUCAUCCACGACAGAGACCCUAUGGCCAAAGAAGGCCUGGUCAUCCACGACAGAGACCCAAUGGCCAAAGACAGCCUGGUCCUCCACAACAGAGACCUGAUGACCAAACAUAG